UGGGACUGCUAUAAUGAAUAUGCAGUCAGUGAGUCUGGUCUAAUUACUGAGGGAGCUGUCCUUACAGUUUAUUGUUGCACAAAGGUGCAGUGAAUGAAAUUGUUAGGGACAAACUGUUCACUUUUAAGUAAUGGGAAUAUGCAGGUUAUAAAUGCAAGCUCAGCAGGCGGAUCGAUCAAAGCCCCCAAAACUAUGAAAACUUCACAUAAAUCCAACAACAGCGAACUCUGCGUAUUUUGUAUUGAGCUGUGUUAAUAUCUGUGCUUUAAAUCAGCUCCACAAGUGAUUCCGGUACUGUCGGUUCUAACUCGGGGUCACGCUCCCGUGAGUAACGUCAGCUCCUGCGGGAACGGACUGCGGCUGUAGCCUCCAGCAACCUCCACACGGCUUUCGAGGAAAGAUGGCGAUCAGAGUCCUUCAAACAGUGGGUAGAGGCCUUAAACAGACGAGAAGCGGGCUUCAUGCGAGCAGCCCGGUGAACGUCGCCCUCAGGAGCCUCUCAAAUGUUGGUGAUGAAAGCUGGUUCAAAUCCCUUUUUGUUAGAAAAGUCAUCCCCAGAAAAGAUGCUCACUCUCACCUGCUUGCCAAAAAAGAAGACAACAACCUGUAUAAAAUACAGUUUCACAAUGUCAAACCUGAGUGCCUCGAUGCUUACAAUGAACUUUGUGAGGAUGUCUUGCCUUCCAUUCACACUGACCCUGAAUACCCCUGUGAGCUUGUAGGCACCUGGAACACAUGGUAUGGGGAGCAGGAUCAGGCAGUUCACCUGUGGAGAUAUCGGGGAGGAUACCCGGCUCUCACCGAAGUCAUGAACAAACUCAGGCAGAAUAAGAAGUUUAUGGAGUACAGGAAUGAGAGGGGGAAGAUGCUGCUGUCUCGUAGGAACCAGCUGCUGCUGGAGUUCAGUUUCUGGAACGAACCCGUCCCUCGUCCAGGACCCAACAUCUAUGAGCUCCGAUCGUAUCAACUCAGGCCAGGCACAAUGAUUGAAUGGGGAAAUUACUGGGCUCGGGCUAUUGAGAUUCGCCAGCAGAACCAAGAGGCGGUGGGAGGCUUUUUCUCACAGAUUGGAAGUCUGUACACAGUUCACCACUUAUGGGCUUACAAGGACCUGCAGUCCAGAGAAAAUACCAGAAACGCAGCCUGGCAGCGUGACGGCUGGGACGAGGUUGUUUAUUACACAGUCCCUCUUAUUCAGCACAUGGAGUCUAGAAUAAUGAUUCCCAUGAAGAAUUCGCCCUUGAAGUAACUACUAACACCUGAGGAGAAUUCUCAGCCGCCACUGCAACUAUUACACUGAUCUGUCGAGAGUGUAACCAACCGUCAAAGUGUGCACUGCCAGGGAAAUCGGCUCAACAUCAACACAAUCUUGUUUCCUUUCAUUUGGUUUCUUUUCUCCCCUUUUUCUGUUUGGAAGAUGAGGUCAAAAUGAUUGUCACCAAAACUGUACCUGUUACAGCAGCUACUAUGUUACUGACCUAUUAAUGUGGUGUGCUUAUGAUUUGGGGGUGCACUCCUCUUCACCUUCUGUCAUUUAAAGGGUGUUUGAAAUGU